GUUCUCCCACCCAAAAUAAAAGACAAGAAUUAGUUUUUACAUUUCAGCAACAAUUGUUUUGUUUCAAAAGGAAUUCUGUAUAUAAACGCUUUAAAAUGAACAAUUUGGACAGUUCAUUGCAGGCGCACAACAAAUUGGAGAAGGAAGCUACAAAUUUGGCUUUGCUUAAAGACCGAGUGGAUAAAUAUCAUGAUCUCUCCACGCAAAUGUCCAGUAUCCUUACAAUCUUCGAGAAGCGACUGGGCAAUCUGGAGCAGACCAUAUUACCCGUUUACCAGGAGACAGAGCAGCUCCAGAAAAGGCAGCAAAAUCUGGAGGCCACUCUCAACUGCCUGGAAAGUGUACUAUCGCACUACGAUGUCUCCCAGGAGGUGUGCCAGCUGAUUCACCAGGGUCCGCAGGAGGGAAAUAUCUCCGUAUUUCUGGAUGCACUGGCCAAGCUGCGAGAUGCCAAUGAUUACUUCCGGCACAACAAUUCACAGAGUGUGGAGCUGGAGAACGUCACCAGUUUAUUUAAUACCGGAUGCGAGGGUCUCAAUCAGCAUUAUAGUAUGCUGCUAAAGAAGCACAGUGCUCCGCUGAAGCCCGUGGAACUUCUGGAUCUUAUCUACAUUGAGGAUGACUCCAGCGAUGAGUACACCUCCUUCCGGCAGCUAUCGCAAACUACUCGCGAGGAGCUGUACACCAUAUCCCACUGGCUGGAGCAAAAUUUGAGGGAGUACACCCACAUCUACGCCACGGAACGGGGUGAUGUGGUGCUGCGAUCACUGCAGCUGCUCAAGGAUCACCAGAAGAGCAAUAGCUGGGGUCACGAGGCACUGAGACCCCGACACAGUGGACGCCAAACGGAACCCAAAAAGAAUACGUCAGCGCGCCUGCAGCAAAUAUUCGAAAAGAAGGCCAACAAGUUAUAUCUGCGGGCUACCCAAACCAUUGAGCAGUCCACUGGCUUUUCGAUCAAGAAGGCAUCCUCACACAGUGACCAUUUGACCUCCGAAGAUCUGCUGGAUGGAGAUCAGGAGCUGGACAAGUACUUGGUCAUGCUACUGGGAUUACAGCGACUACUCAACUGGGAGCGAGCCAUUAUGCACGACAUUAUUCCCCAAUCAAAACACAACGAAGUGUUCGCCCGCCUGGCCUACAAUGCCAUCGAGCUGGUGGUCAAGGAUGCUGAGGCCAUCACACAACGCAUUUUGCGCUGCAUCUCCCGCAAGGAGUGGACCUCGGCACUGGGUAUAUUCUCUGCCCUGAAGCGGGUGAUCCUGCUGCAACCGGACAUCGAACGCACCUAUGAUUCUGCGCAGCGGGAACAGCUCACAAAGGUGCUAAACAAAUUGCAGCACACUGGAGCCAAGGCUUUGGAGCACUUCCUGGACGUGGUCAAGGGUGAAUCGAGCACGAACAUUGUGGGCCAGAGCAAUGUUCCAAAAGAUGCCACCGUUCACGAGCUGACCUCCAAUACGAUCUGGUUUAUUGAACACUUGUACGAACACUUUGAUGUAAUUGGUUCGAUUUUGGCGCAGGAUGUCCUAUACUCCACACAAUUGGAUACGAUUUUGAUGAAGAAAUCACUGCCUGGUGAUGAACGUAACAAGGCUCUGUUAGCCAUUUAUAUAAAGAAAGCUUUGGCAGAGCUGAAUCUUUCCAUCAUGAACAAGUGUGAGCAGUAUAAUGACCAGGCAACCAAGCAUCUUUUCCGUCUCAACAACAUCCACUACAUCCUUAAGUCGCUUCAGCGGUCCAAUCUUAUUGAUUUGGUCACCCUUGCAGAGCCGGAAUGCGAGCACAGCUACCUGGAGAUGAUACGCGAACUGAAGGCCAGCUAUCAGAAGACCUGGUCAAAAAUGCUACUGGGCAUCUACUCCUUGGAUGAACUGCCCAAGCCUGUGGCCGGCAAGGUCAAGGAUAAGGAUCGCAGUGUGCUCAAGGAGAGAUUUUCUAACUUCAACAAGGACUUUGAGGAGGCUUGUAAAAUCCAGCGCGGCAUCUCCAUACCCGAUGUGAUUCUGCGAGAAGGCAUCAAACGUGAUAAUGUGGAGCACAUAUUACCGAAAUACAAUAAAUUCUAUGAAAUUUACUCCAGCGUACAGUUUAGCAAGAACCCGGACAAAUACGUCAAAUACAGACCGCACGAGAUAAAUGCUAUGCUGAGCAAGCUCUUCGAUGACUCCGCCUAGAUUAUAGUUACAGGCCUGGGUUCAAGUGCAUUCCUUGUAAGUUCGUUGGGGGCUUUAAUUCAAACUCAAUAAAUAUCGAUUUUAAAAAAGUA